UCCUGUUAAGUGAAGAAACCUUUCGUUUUUCCCUCGAUAAAAAAAAGAAAACCUUCCUUUUCCCGUUCAUUGUUUCCCCAAUUUCCCCAUCUUCCCCCUUCGCUUUCCCCACAGAACCUCGCGCCCCUCUGCCCACCUCGUCCCGCACCUCGCCUCCUCCCCGGCCCGCCCUUUUCGGGUUUUUUGGGCGCAUAGGCGCACGAAAACCCUAGAAGGGGCUCCCCGCGUGCGUCGUUCCGAGAAAACAAGUGUAUGUAUGUGUAGCAGCGCUGCUAGUCAACACUAGCUAUGGAUGUGAAUGGAAAAUUAUCUGAUGGCGACUUAAAUAAAACAGAAGCUCUUCACUCGAAUGGACAGCCGGUAGAUGAUGUCAUAAUUAUAGAAUCUGAAGGGGAUGAGAACAAAGUUGUAGUAGAAACUAACAUCAUAGAAGGUCCAUUUGAGGAGCACAAGGAACACAGAUGUGGCAAAACGGACAAUAGCGUGCAUGAAGAAGCAUCCACUAGCACUGAUGAUGAUUCAGACAGUGACCUGUAUGGAUUUCUCCGCGAGUCAGAGAAUGAACAAACUUCAGAGUCUGAUGUUGAGGAGACAGACAUUGAGCAGGUGGCUCUGCCCGAGGAAAAAGUCGAAGAAUUAGUUGCUGAAUUCCAUGAUGUUGAGAGCAAAGCUGCUGAGGCGCAAGAAUCACUUGAAAAGGAAUCACUUGAAAAAAUUGAGGCUGAAGUAAGAUUGGAGUUAUCUGAGAGGCUCCAAGGAGAUGCGUUGGACUUAGCUGUGGCAAUUGAGAUGGAGCAAUUCAAGAAGGAAUGGUCAACCGAACUUGAUGAUUUGGAGAUCCGUAGUGCUGUUCUGCUGGAAGAACUUGAUGCUGCUGGCGUUGAACUUCCCAGCCUUUAUAAGUCAAUAGAAAGUCAAGCGCCAAAUGUUUGUGAGACUGAAGCAUGGAAAAACAGGACUCAUUGGGCUGGUUCUCAAGUUCCUGAACAAGCUAAUCUAUCAAUCAGAAAAGCUGAUGAGUACCUGCAGUCUUGUAGACCUGUAAGGAGAAAACAUGGAAGGCUGCUGGAGGAAGGUGCUAGUGGCUUUCUUGCAGGAAAAGUUCCUGUUGUGGAUGAUGAUUCUGUACAGUGCCAUGAGAAAAGUUGGAGUUCAUUCAAUGAACUUAUUAAAUCUAUUAAGUGUGCCAAAACUUCUUUUGGAAGCAGUAACUGGGCAUCAGUUUAUCUGGCCAAUACACCCCAGGAAGCUGCCGCCUUAGGUCUCCAAUUUCCAGGAGUUGAUGAGGUGGAGGAGAUAGCUGAAGUUGAUGGUGCUGUUGAUGACAUAAAAUGUGUUGAUGAAAUAGAGCUUUCUGAAGAACAGAGGAGAAAAUACAGAAAGGUAAGAGAAGAAGAUGAUGCAAAGGCGAUAAAACGUUUGCGGCGUUAUAUGGAAAAAAGGACAGACGGCUGGUGCAAGGUACCUGCUCAUGGCAACGUCGGUUUGACCUCGUCAUCAAAUGGAUGCUGUAAGCUACCUCUGUCAUUAGAUGAUGGUGUUUUGGACGCCAACAGGGGUCGUCCUUUAUCUGAGAAACAGAAAAUGGAUAAAGAUGAAGUUUCCGCUGAGUUGCUGAAGCGAACACGUGAAGAUGAUGUUGAGCUUGACCACAAGAGGUCAAAAACUGUAGUGAUAGAGAGUGACGAUGACAUGCAGAUGGACAGCAAGCUAGUUCUGCAUAUCAAGGACAGCGAGCAUAGUUCAGCAGAGCUUGAAAAGGGGGUUGACAUUAUUGAUCUUGAUCUUUUCCCAUCACAAAGCCCUAAGUUUAGUGAUAUGGAUUUACCCAAGUCUUUUAAGUGCACAAUUUGCACCAAAAUGUUGAAUGCCUCUGAUGUGCAUCGUCACCCAGUACUGGAUGUUGCUGUUUGUGGGUCUUGCAGAUUUCUGGUGAUAGAGAAGAACCGUCUUGAGGGCCCUGUAUCUGGUGGUUAUUGCACCUGGUGUGUUCAGUGUGAACAACUUCUAAGUUGCAGUUCCUGUAAGAUGCUUUUUUGUACAAAAUGCUUGUUAAAGAAUCUUGGUGAGAAAUGCAUAUCAGAAGCUAAAGUCACUGGCUGGCAGUGUUGCUGCUGCCAACCCAGUCAACUGGAACACUUAAUUUCUGAAUGUGACAAGGCUCUGAGUGGUGUUGAAUCUUCUGAUCUCGAGGGUGACAACACUUCUGGAACCGAAACCAAUGACCCUGUUAGCAAGCACAAAAGGAAAAAGAAGAUAAGAAGAAUCAUGGAUGAUACAGAACUUGGGGAGGAAACAAAGCGUAAAAUUGCAAUGGAGAAGGCUAGGCAAGAACAUUUGAAGUCAAUGCAUGAGCAGUCUGCCAGCAAGUUAAGGAGCAGCAACAUUGGAACUUCCUCUGGGGCUGUAUUGGAAGUCUUCCUACAGGAUGCUGGGGAUGGCCAUAUUGUCAACCCUGCCAGGGAGGAAGACGAGGAACCUGUUAGAAUUCCAAGCAGCAUAUCUGCUAAACUGAAGCCUCAUCAGGUAGCAGGAAUAAUAUUUAUGUGGGAAAAUGUUAUCCAGUCUGUUAGAACAGUCAAAUCUGGUGACAAAGGUUUUGGGUGCAUUUUGGCGCAUAACAUGGGGCUUGGGAAAACUUUUCAGGUUAUUACCUUCCUGUACGUUGUUAUGAGAUGUGCCCAGUUGGGACUCCGCACGGCACUUAUAGUUACCCCUGUUAAUGUUCUGCAUAAUUGGAAGAAAGAGUUCACCAAGUGGCAACCGGCCGAACUAAAGCCCCUUCGUGUGUACAUGCUGGAAGAUGUUCCGAGGCUAAAAAGGCUGUAUUUACUUAACAAGUGGCGAGCAAAAGGUGGAGUACUUCUCAUUGGUUAUUCAUCAUUUAGGAACUUAUCUCUUGGAAGACAUGUGAAGGAAAAAGAUACUGCAGAUGAGAUUUCUAAUGCGUUGCAGUGUGGGCCAGAUAUUCUUGUAUGUGAUGAAGCACAUAUGAUAAAGAAUAGGAAGGCCGACACUACACACGCUCUAAAACAAGUAAAGACGCAAAGAAGAAUUGCGUUAACUGGAUCCCCAUUACAGAAUAAUUUGAUGGAAUAUUACUGUAUGGUUGAUUUUGUCAGGGAAGGUUUUCUUGGAAGCAGCCAUGAAUUCCGCAAUAGGUUCCAGAACCCGAUCGAAAAUGGGCAGCACACAAAUUCUACAUCAGAUGAUGUCAAGAUCAUGAACCAACGGUCACACAUUCUGUAUGAACAGCUGAAAGGCUUUGUCCAGCGAAUGGACAUGAAUGUGGUGAAGAAUGAUCUACCGCCGAAGAAGGUUUUUGUCAUUACCGUAAAGCUCUCUCAACUGCAAAGAAAACUAUACCGAAGAUUCUUGGAUGUGCAUGGUUUCUCAAGCGGCACUUCUGAAAAACCUUAUCAGCACGGUGGCUUCUUUGCCAAAUAUCAAAAACUAGCCCAGAUAUGGAACCACCCGGGCCUUCUCCAGAUGGCUAAAGAGCAGAGAGGAAGUCUGCGCCGAGAAGAUGCUGUUGAGAACUUUCUGACGGAUGAGAGUUCUAGUGACGAUAAUCAUAAUAUUGAAAUUCAACUGCCAAAUGGAGGGAAACAGAAGAGUAGGACUGAUCAGCAGUCCAAGAAAAUUGACUUACUGAACGAGGAAAGUAACUGGUGGGAGAACCUUCUGGAUGAUAAUACUUUUAAGGAAGCAGAUUACAGUGGCAAAAUGGUCUUGCUCCUUGAUAUACUGGCGACUUGUUAUGAAUUGGGUGACAAGGCACUAGUGUUCAGCCAGAAUUUGACCACUUUGGAUUUGGUGGAGUUUUAUCUAUCUAAGAUGCAAAUCAAAGGAAAAGAAGGCAAAUAUUGGAAGCAGGGCAAGGACUGGUACAGGCUUGAUGGGAGCACUCCAUCAUCCGAGCGGCAGAACCUUGUCGAAAGAUUUAAUGACCCUGCAAACACAAGAGUAAAAUGCACAUUGAUAUCUACUCGAGCUGGAUCUCUGGGUGUCAACCUUCAUGCAGCAAACCGUGUGGUCCUUCUGGAUGGUUCAUGGAAUCCAACACAUGAUUUGCAGGCCAUUUAUCGGGUUUGGAGGUAUGGCCAGAUGAAACCUGUGUAUGCUUACCGCCUAAUGGCACAUGGAACAAUGGAAGAGAAAAUAUAUAAGCGGCAGGUGACAAAAGAAGGGCUCGCAGCAAGAGUGGUGGAUAGACAACAAGUAUCUAGAACAAUUUCCAAAGAAGAGAUGUUGCAUCUCUUUGAAUUUGGUGAUGAGGAAUUGUUGGACGAGAGUGGGAAUGAUACCAUAAUUGAUCGCACGAAGGUUGGAAUGGAGAAGCUAUCCAUGCCCAAUAGCACUGAACUACCGGUGGACACGCUCAUGCUGAACCUACUUAGUGAUCACCCUCGGUGGAUUGCAGGUUACCAUGAACACGAAGUUCUUCUGCAAGAAAACGAAGAGGAAAGACUCACCAAGGAAGAGCAAGAUAUGGCAUGGUCAAAUUUUAAACAAUCGCAGCAGUUGGAUGCCGUGGCAAGGAAAGCUGCACAUGAUCACGAGAGAAAACCAAUAGAGAGCAACCCUCCCCCGCCUAAAGUUACUUCAAGAAGUCGGCAGGCGCAGCAACCAAAAUCUCAUUCGAACAACCAGAAGAAAUGCACCAACUUGAACCACAUGCUGACUCUCAGAAGCCACGGUACCAAAGCUGGAUGCACGACAAGCUGUGACGAAUGUGGCCAGACCAUUAGUUGGGAGACACUAAACAGAUCAGAUGGUAGAUUGAGGUGACCCCACUUGGCUUACUCCAUGUGGAAUCACAGCUACGCAUUUCAGCUCGUUUUUUAAGGGUUAGCGCGUAGUAUGCAUUUUGUAUGAGAGGCUUUUAGUGUACAUACUUAGAGGGCAAAUCUCACCUUUUGGUACAGAUGGAGAACUGCAUUAAUUGGAAUUGAGUUUUUCACCUGGUCGGUGAAGGAUUGUUGUCAGGAGUUUCACUUACGGAAUUAAUUGGAAUCGAGUUUUUUUGGUCUGCA